CAAUGGCACCGCCCCGCCUCCACCGUUGCAGGAAGCCGGAAGCAGCGAGAAGCGUUAGCUUGGCAGGGCCGGGCUGGAGACGCGGAUCGCGGUGCUGGGACUGGGUCCCUGCCUGCAGACUUUCUUUGCUGUUGUAUAAACCAAUGAUCUCUUCAAACAGAGCUGAACAACAGCUUGAAAAGAGAAUUGACUAAUUGAGAGAGAACAUGCAGAGCACUUCCAAUUAUCUAUGGCUUUUAUCUGACAUUCUGGGACAAGGAGCCACUGCAAAUGUUUUUCGUGGACGACAUAAGAAAACUGGGGAUUUAUAUGCCGUCAAAGUAUUUAACAACAUAAGCUUCCUUCGUCCUGUGGAUGUUCAGAUGAGAGAAUUUGAAGUAUUAAAGAAACUGAAUCACAAGAACAUUGUCAAAUUGUUUGCUAUUGAAGAAGAGACAACCACUAGACACAAAGUACUUGUUAUGGAAUUUUGUCCAUGUGGGAGCUUAUACACUGUUUUAGAAGAGCCAUCUAAUGCCUAUGGGUUGCCAGAGUCUGAGUUCUUAAUUGUGCUGAGAGACGUGGUGGCUGGGAUGAAUCAUCUCAGAGAAAAUGGAAUAGUGCACCGUGACAUCAAACCAGGCAAUAUAAUGCGAGUUAUAGGUGAAGAUGGUCAGUCUGUUUACAAACUGACAGAUUUUGGAGCUGCAAGAGAGUUGGAAGAUGAUGAACAGUUUGUUUCUCUCUAUGGCACAGAAGAAUAUUUGCAUCCUGAUAUGUAUGAGCGAGCAGUGUUGAGGAAGGAGCAUCAGAAGAAGUAUGGAGCAACAGUUGAUCUGUGGAGCAUAGGAGUGACAUUUUAUCAUGCAGCAACAGGGAGUUUACCAUUCCGACCUUUUGAAGGGCCUCGCAGGAACAAGGAAGUGAUGUAUAAAAUUAUCACUGGAAAGCCUUCUGGUGCCAUAUCUGGAGUACAGAAAGCAGAAAAUGGACCAAUUGAGUGGAGUCGAGAUAUGCCUAUUUCCUGUAGUCUUUCUAAGGGCCUGCAAGUACUGCUCACGCCUGUUCUUGCAAACAUUCUUGAAGCAGAUCAGGAAAAAUGCUGGGGAUUUGACCAGUUUUUUGCAGAGACCAGUGACAUACUCCACCGAAGAAUAAUUCAUGUCUUUUCGCUACAGCAAAUGACUUCACACAAAGUUUAUAUUCACAACUAUAAUACAGCUGCCAUAUUUCAUGAAUUAGUCUACAAACAGACAAAAAUAACUUCUCAGAACCAAGAACUGAUAUACGAAGGUCGUCGUUUAGUAUUAGAGCCUGGAAGAUUGGCACAACAUUUUCCCAAAACCACUGAAGAAAAUCCUAUAAUUAUAUUAAGCAGAGAGGCUGCGAACAUCGUAGGAUUAAUCUAUGAAGAAAUUUCACUUCCUAAAGUACAUCAGCGGUAUGACUUAGACAGUGAUGCCAGUAUGGCUAAGGCAGUAACAGGUGUUGUAUGCUAUGCCUGUAGAGUUGCCAAUGCUUUGCUGCUUUACCAGGAAUUAAUGCGAAAAGGAAUACGAUGGUUAAUUGAAAUAAUCAAGGAAGACUACAAUGAAACGGUGCACAAAAAGACAGAGGUUGUCAUCAAGUUGGAUUUCUGCAACAGGAACAUUGAGAUAGCUGGAAAAAUAUAUGAGAAUCUGAUGCAAAUCCACUUGGAAACAGAAAUGGAUGAAAUUUCAGAGAUACAUACUAAACUAUUGCUUCAGCUUUCUAGCUCUCGGGGAACAAUAGAGCCCAGUCUUCAGGACAUUGAAGAUAAACUGUCUCCUGGUGGAUUGCUGAGUGAUACCUGGGCAAAUCAGGAAGGCACACAUCCCAGAGACAGAAAUCCAGAAAAGCUACAAGUAUUGCUGAGUUCUAUCACAGAUAUUUAUUAUCAGUUCAAGAAAGACAAAGCAGAACGUAGACUUCCUUAUAAUGAGGAACAAAUCCACAAAUUUGACAAACAGAAGCUGAAUUUACAUGCCACAAAAGCCAUAUCUCUGUUCAAAGAUGAAUGUGUCAGCAAGUAUGAGACAUUUUUGGACAAGGCAGAGGACUGGAUGAGAAAGAUGCUUCAUUUGAGGAAGCAGUUACUGACAAUCACCAGACAGUGUUUUGAUAUUGAAGAAGAGGUAUCCAAAUACCAGGACUAUAUAAAUGAGUUACAAGAAACUUUGCGACAGAAAACGUUUGCAGCUUCCACUGGGAUCAAACAUACAAUGAAUCCAAUCUAUCCAAGUUCAAACACUUUAGUGGAAAUGACUCUUGGUAUGAAGAAACUGAAGGAGGAAAUGGAAGGUGUUGUUAAAGAACUAGCUGAGAAUAACCACAUUUUAGAAAGAUUUGGUGCUUUGACUGUGGAUGGCGGCCUACGGAAUGUAGACUGUAUCUAGUCAACAAAGGAGCAUGAAAGGACUGUUCAUUUUUCACAAAAAAAAAAAUGCUAUAAGGGGCAUCUAAAUGCAGAAAAACCAUUCUGUACAGCAAUUUUUUUCUGCAACUCUAGUAUAACAAAAGUAUGUAAAUAUGUAUAUACUGUAAAUAUAACAAUUAUAUCAGUUUUUUUUGUUAAUGUUAAAAUAGAAUCACUGUUAAGUUUUCUGAGAUGGUUAUACAUUUAUCCAUUUAAGGAACUCUGGCAAAGGAUUACAGCAUGCAUAAUGCUUAAAUAGACAUUGAUUGAAUGCUGAUUUUUAGGUCAUGAUUUACUUUUGUUUCUUGAAAGAGAACUUGUGGCUUGAACUAGCCUGCAUUUAGAGAAGUUAUUAAUAGUUUUUAAAGCCUUGGUUCCCAAACUUGGGGGUGUGUGGAAUAAUAUUUGGGGGGCACCACUAAUUUAAGGGGCGUCUGGGCUCCCCUUAAUACCAGUAUGUUAUUUCAGAACCUAGUCAAUGACUCAUCAUCAGCUACAGUACUUGAAUGAAGAUCAUUUGAUCUUGUCUUUGCUUCUGUAAUUCAAUGUGAACAACAUGCACUUAGGACAAAGAGAGGAGAUAUGUUUCUUCCCCCUUGUCUACAAAGUUAAUAGUCCACUUGUGUGUCAGAAAAUAAAUUCACAAGGUUUUUAGUCUGUCCAUGUUGGAUGCCAUGUUCUCCAUGAUAAUCAUUUGGCUCAGUAUUAUGGGAGUUUAGUGUUGGAAUCCAUAAACCAUUUUCCAUCUUGCUUCAGUGCUUUUAACAUCAGCAAAACAACUAUUUUUUAAAAAUGUAAUUCUCAGAGACCAAAACCAACAAAGUACAAUGUCACAGCUUAUGACUAAUAAGACUUAUGACUAAUGUUAAACUUGUGAGAGAAAAUAUAGUAAUACUUUUUUACAUCUGUGGUACCCCAUACUGCAGGCUUCUGGCAUCUAACAAAAAUCAUUUGAAACCAAAAGCAGCUACUAAAUAGAAAAGUUAGCACAUUCAAAACCAGUAACUGCAUCCAGCCCAACCUCAAAUACAAAAUUAAUACUACACCCUGCUCCUCCAACACUGCACAGCUCAGCCUAAAACAUGGAGAAGAAAACUGUCUGCUCCAAAACCUAUGAAAUUAAAAAGGAAGCAGACAUCCUGUGUCUUGCCACCUCCUGUAGUCUGCUGCAUAUUAUUGAGGAAGAGCAUUCAAGGAUCAUGGGCCUUCUGAAGCAAAGGCCUCAUCCUUUCUCUUUUGAGACAAUGCCAGGGAUGUCCAACAGUUCCAUCUCUGCCAUUCCUAUUCUCAAUAGAGCAUGUAGGGUAACAUGUAGUCCCUCAAAUAGAUUAGUCCUAGAUUAUUUCAUGCUUUAUGUAACAACAGUAAAACUUUGAAGCAUGCAACCAAAUGAAAAGCAGCCAGUAACAGGUAUAUAUGUGUAUAAGACUCAGUUUUGUGGUGAUUAUUCCUUUGUCUUUCUGCCCCCAUCACAGUAUAGGAAUAAAAACAUUAAAAUGUAUUUUAUACUUAAAAUGGAAGUUAUGAAGUUGGUUUUUCUGGCUGGUUGCUCCAAUAUUAAAGCAGGAUAUACACUUUUAUAGUCUCUGAAACUGGGUUCCUAUCGUUACCUGUUCAAAUAUAAUUUACCCCUACAUAUAGUAAAAGAUGUUCCUCAGCUUGCAAACUUUUUUUUUUUAAAUUGCUCUCCAAAACUGGUGCAGCAAUUUUGUUGCCCCAAACAAGAAGAAAAAAAAUCCAUUUUUUCUGGUUUAGCCAUGUCAUUUAAAAGUGUUUACUGCGAAGUAUUUAAAUUAUGGGAAUAUUUUAGGGCCAGAUUGUGCUAGCAUUCACAUUAAUGUCAUUAAAUUUUAUGUGCAUAGAUGUUUGAAGGAUUAGGUCCUUAAACUGUACAUAAAUGUAUAUUAGAAUCACUGAGAUUAUUUCUAUGCCUAUGUUAUUUUGUUCAUUAUUUUAAGGUAUUUUAACUUUGGAAAACAAAUUAUAUUGGUUGAAAGAUCAAAUUUUCAGAGAAAAGAGAAAUGUAAGAGGAAUAGAGGAGUCUUAUUUCUCUUACAUUGAAGCCGUCUGAAUGGGGAGAGUUAAUUGUUGUAAACAUAGAGUUUGUAUGUCACAGUGUACAGUCGCUUACUAUUUUCACAAGGAUGAAAAUGUUCAAUUUUUUUUUUAUCAUGUUACUUUAUAACAUGUCAGUUUUAAAACAGUGCUGGUUUUAGUCUUGUAAACCCACCACUAAUAUAUGUAGGCUUGUUAAAAUUGUUUUGAAAAAUAAUUUGUUACAUCUGGCUAAUGGACUUGAAGUAAUCAGUUAAGCAUAUUACUGAUUACUUUCUUAUGAAACUUCCCUUAUUGGCUUUGAUGCCUGGUGUGUCAUGAGAUUAGCUAUAUUCAUACCAACUGUCAUAAUAUUGUGAGCCCUUAAUAUGGAAAGUAAUAUUUUGCCAAGACAGACAAUUGAUAGUAUUAUGGGUUUUUCCCCCCUCUGAAACGGAAUUACUACUUUAGAGUUAUAGUGUUAAGUAACUGAUUAAAGUAAUACAUUAGCAAGCCUGUCUACAUAUUAAUUGUAAAAUUGCAUGAGUGAAUGACUUGUAUACAUAAAUACAAUACCAACAACUUAUUCUAAGAUGUCUUUAAUUUUCAGGCUUCUUUUCAUAAUUUAUUUUCAUUUUGUUUUGUAAAAAUUAGCUUUUAAUGUUCAUGAUGUACCAUUAUUUCCCCCUUAAACCCAAAUGAAAUAUAAGGAAUAAAAUUACAAGUGUCAAAUCAUUAUUUAGAUUGCAGUAGCAGCAAAAGUGUGCUCAGUACUGUCCUAAUACAGAAAAGAGAGUUUCUGUCCUGCCCAAUAAUGAAAGCACUAGCACAGACUAGGUGCCAGCAGCAACUAACUUUUUUACUACUGUAUUGUUUAAGCUUGUUCUGAGCAGUGUGGGUGUGCACAUAUUGUUUCCCCUCAGUGCCCAUCCUACCUGAUAUCUUUUCUGCACAGGAGCUCCCAGUGUUGGAGCUGAAUCAUUGCUAAUACAAUAGCAGAAGCUUUAAGAAAAGCAUCACUAUAGUCACAGUAUGUGGGACUUCAUAAAAUACCUAAAAGGUAUAAUGCUAUGGCAUGAAUUACAAAAGGCAGAAGGAGACACUUCAAUCAUAAACAUUUUAAAAAGCUGAACAAGCCUUGAAAGGGAGAAAAGGUGAAACAAUGAACAAAGGAGCUAGAGAAACCUGUUUGGGUAAAAUUAGAACCAGUCUCUAGCCAAUUCUGAAACAGCUCACUCUUUCAUUUAAGUUUGACUGUUCAGUAUUCCAAUAUGUAACUUUCAUGCAUGUUUCCUACCUGUCACUUUCUGAUUCUGAUUUUGAUUUUUUUUGAUGGAUGUAUUAACUGUAAUAGUUCCAAAAUGACUAGUCUCCAACCAACCUGAGACUAAUAGUUUCAUUGAAGUAGAGAGGAAAGAUAUCAACUUUUACAAUAAUGCUUGUUGGAAAACACUAGGCCUAUCUCUGGUGAAACUAGGGUCUGGUCUAUGCAUAAAAAGUUUGCCACCACAGCUGUGUUGGUUAGGAGUGUGGAAAAAAAUCACAACCUAACCAACAUGGCUAUGCAGGCAAAAGCCCUCGUGUAGAUGUGGUUAUACCAGCAAAAAAAUCCUUUUGCCUAUAUAGCUUAUUUCAUGCAAGGAACUCUUGCCAGUAUUAGCUAUAUUUCCACUAUGAGGAUUUGCCAGAGUAGUUAUUCUGGCAAAAAGUCUAGUGUCGACAAGAUCUAGGCAUGCAUGGAAGAACCUCUGCAAUACUGUAGCAAGGUCAUGUAGCAACUGCUUUAAUUAAGGUUAUAAAAGUUACUGUAAACUUCCUUUUUCAGUCCAUUCAAACUUUCUGAAAGCUCUGCCUCUUGAGCUGAAGUUUUUCAUGUUUAGUGCCAACACAAAGUUUCUUUUGAUUAAUUGGAGCAUACUUCAAUCAAAUCUGAGUUCUGUACAGCUUAAAAAGCAAGUUUUCCUAUUUAAUAAUAGUGCAACUUAUUUGUAUCACAAAAACAGAUGAACUAUUAUAUGUGAAACUUUGUAUGGAUAUAGAUCUUGCUCUGCGAUGUACAUGAUUUACUACAGUUUAGAAAUAUGGGGUGAAGAAAUUAGAGUUGUUGCUGUUUAAAAUUUGCCCAGCUACUCAUAGAAAGCACACCUAAGUUCUGAGUUAUGAUAUGAAUCCUGAAUGUGCUACACAUGUGCACAAUGCUAACUUAGCUUUCCAAUAAAAUCCAUAGUCCCUUACUUGCUAAAAACCAGUAUGGGCAUUUGUUCAAAAGGUUAAAGGAAUCCCAGAACUUGGAAAAGGGAUCUCCCUUCUGCACUCCUCCAGUAUUCUCCACCAAACUACUGUGCCCAUGGCUUGGGGCACAUUGGGACAUUUUGCUAUAAGGUAAAGCUUGUCUGUGCAGAAGACAGCUUUCUGAGUAAUGAGUCCAAGACUGUGGCACAAACUCUCAAAAAAAACUGAUCAGCAGAAACCUUAGCACCUUCCCCUCUAAGUGCCACUUCUUCCACCUUGUCUUCUCUAAUAAAUAUAUAUAUUAAACAAACAAAAAAUUCUACCAAAAUGAAAUACUGCAUUGCACCCAGUUCUCUGGGGGAAGAUGUUGAGAGCGAGAGAACAAACUACAUAUGACAGAUUUCAGAGUAGCAGCCGUGUUAGUUUGUAUCUGCAAAAAGAACAGGAGUACUUGUGGCACCUUAG